UUGUAUAUGGAUAAGGGUUGGUACCGCUGAUACGUUUCGGCAAGAGAUACUCUGUUGUGAAUUGUGAUUCUCACAACGAUAUUUUCCAAAACAUACAAAUAGUGGUUGACGAAGAUUCCUAUGGUGAUCGGAUUUUGUGAGAAAGCUAUUUGAAGAUGAGUGCCAGACUUCUAAAAGACCCUGCCACUGCGUCCAGUCGCAUAUUUGUAGGUCAUUUACAAACUGACGACGUUACAAAGUUAGAGCUGGAAGAACAUUUCUCCAAAUAUGGCACUGUUAUAGCAUCUAUAAUAAACAGAGGCUUUGGAUUUGUGCAGUUUGAAGAAGAACAAUCUGCACAGAAAGCUAUUCAAAAUGAAGAUGGUGCAAUGUUCAAAGGCAGACGUAUAGAUGUCAGACCAGCAAAAAAAGAUAAUCAAUCCACUGGUGCUGGAAAUGCAGGAAAUUCAAAUGCAAAACAAAUGAGUGGACCAAAUAACCCAUUUAAUUCCAUGAAUAAUCAAUUCAAUAAUACAAGUGAAAUGUAUGGUGUGAAUAAGCCAAAUUAUGCAGGUGGAAUGAAUCAGAGCUUUGGGAGUGACAAUUCUUUUGGCAACAACCAAAAAGAUAUUCAGGGUAGAAGUGGUGGAAACAUUCUCUUUGAUGAUGGAAAUCAAGCUGGGAAUAAUGAUAAUGACCAGUUUAAUGGAAAACAUAAUAAUAAUGGAAAUGAUUUUAAUAAUCCUGUACAAAAUCGUGGAAAUAUUCAAUUUAAUAUGAAUAAUCCUAAUCGUGGAAAUGAUCAGUUUGCUGCUGGUCAAAAUAGAGGCCCUAACAAUCAAUUUGGAAAUAACCAAAUGGGAAAUCAGAAUAGGCCUGGAGGAAAUCGAAAUCAAACUAAUCAGGGCAAUAACCAAAAUGCUAGUGGUGGUACUCAUAGACCUCGUGGAACAAGAGGUGGAAAGAAUCGAAAUAAAAAUAAUCAGAACAAUCCAAAUAAUCUGAACAAUCCGAACGUAAAUAAUUUUAGAGAUCGAAGUCCAAUUAACAGGAAUAAUCGGAUGGAGGAUAAAACAAACAGAGACUGGGAUCUUAAACAAGGAGAUAGGUUACGUAACAACAAUUUUGCUAGAGAUUCAUUUAAUGACAGUGGAAAUCGUUAUGAUGAUUUUAAAGCCUCUGGAACUAGAGAAACAAAUACGAAUUUUGGAAACACCAGUGGAGCAUCAGAUUAUCUUUCCAUUGCAGCUGAAAAAAAUGACUGUGAAAUUAUUGUCGUUAACAAAGCAUUAACGAAGUACGCAGAAGAUAUCGAAUUACGCUUGAAACAAGUCGGUUUAAUGGUAGAUCUGCUGUUUCCAAAUGAAGAUGUUCCUUUAGGUCGUGUUUUGGGAAAUAUAGCGAGUCGUGGUUGUCUUUAUGCUGUAGUUAUUACACCUGUCAAUCUGGAGCACCAUUCCUUAACACUCAAUAUUUUACAUGGUUUGCCACAAGAACACAGAAACAUGCCCGUUGAAGAUGCUAUAAGUUUGAUUUCACGAGAUUUCACGAAUUAUAAAGCUGGUGGCCGUUCAGUUCCUUUGAAUACACCUCUUGCAAGUGAGCGUCAUCCAGACGCUAUACAAGUUCUUCUUAAUAUGCUGGCUGACAAUCGUCAACUGACAGUUUUGCAAUAUGAUCGCGUCAUAAAGUAUCUUGACAUGAAACGUGAGGAACAAGUACAAGUUGAGUUAGGUGAUGCAAAAGAUUUGCCAGUAAAAACACCAAUUGCGUCAGUCAAUGACCCAAAACAGGCUGAAUUACAAACGAGAAUAUUGAAUAUUUUAAAUAGCAGUAAAAAUACACCAAGCACAACAGCAGAGCCCAGUCCAGUGCCUCCACCGACUUCAACAUCAGCUUCAGUACCACCAGCUAAUUGGGGAACAGCAUCAAACACAGCCACAUCAUCUACAACAACCUCUUCUACUGGAGUUUCACCUUCACCUCUCUUAAAUGACCCUACAGUUCAGAAAGCUCUUGACAGUCUUUUGCAAGGUAAUUUAUUAAAAAACAUUGGCGAUCAACAACCAUCACCUGCAACAACAACAACAACAACAACAACAACAACAACUGGAGCACCAUUAUUCGCUGCUUUCUCCAAUAUUGGUAGAUUUUAAUUACAUAAAUUCUAUUACACAUCUUUAUAAGUUUUAGUAUUCUUUAUACUUUUCCGAUUUUAUUCUAUAUUAAAUAUACACUUGCAAAAAUGCAGUCAACAGAAAAAGAACGUAGAAGCAGUGUUGCAAACAUGAUAUUUUAGUACAUUGUAUAUUAACCGUGUAAAAGGAUAAAUUCAAGAUAAGAAAUUUAUAAUAACUUUAAAAGCACAACAAUUAUAAUUCAAAUAUUCACAUAAUUAUUGUUAUUGCCUAUGUGUAUGGUAUGUAUCGUUGAUAAUACACUUCUCUAAAUAGCUAUGUGUUUAAAUAAUUAAUAAAGCAUAGUAUAUACAUGCUUUAAUAAUCAUUGCAUAUAAUUUAUCAGAAAUAACUUCAUACAUAUAUUUUGCAUUGCGCACAAAUGCUUAAAUGUGUGGAUUAUUAAGCAAUAUGCAUAUACACACCAUACUUUUAUUUAAAAUGGAACUAAUAUUUUUCAUUAUAUAUAUUUUUAUGUAAAAAUCAGUUUUUAUACAACUUAGAAUGAUGAAUGUUAGAUAAAUAUGCAGUAUAAUUAAAGAUAUAUCUUCUUUUUAUUGUAUGACAAUUAUUUUAAUUUCUUCAUGUUCCUAUAUUAUAAAAUCUAACAUUAUUCUAACAUUAUCCCUAAUAAUUGCUUCUUUGACCGAAGAUUACAAUAAUAUUGCAAGUAAUUAGAUAGGUUAUGAUAAUUAAUGUUGAUUUAAAAAAUUUUUUUGUUUUACGUAUUAACAGUUACAUGAGUUUAUAUUUGCCAAAUUUUGUAACAAAAUUGAUUUUAUGUAUGUAUAUAUAUAUAUAUAUAUAUAUAUCCCUUCAAGUAGACGUGCGUAAAAUAAAAUCGAAUUUUUUAAUUCACCGACUGAUCAAUUGCAUUAUGCACAAAUAUGGUUUUUACAGAGCAAAGUUCUAUUUAUGUAUAAUUUAAUUGAUCAAUUGAUGAGUUAAAAAGCUCUAUCGAGAUAUUUUAGGUUUUAAUAAUAUUAUUUGGCUAUAGAACGUAAAUUUAUAAGUCUACUGAAGUAAAAAGGUGUAAAUUUUAUUAAUACUAUGCUUUUCAAAUUUAUGUAAUAUGUUAAAAAUAUAUUAUGUUUAAAGAAUCGUAUCACGUGUAAUUGUGUCACGUAAUCAAUUUUCUUGUAUUUUUGAUGUACUUCCUUAUGUAACACGAAUAUAAAAUUUAUUAAUAUCAAAAUACAAAAUUAAAAAUGUGAUAUAAUAAAA